AUGGGUGGCCGGCGCCUCCUAGAUAGGUUUAAGAACCGUCUUAAAGGGAGAGAAGGGAGUGAAGUGAAGGAAGAACAGAACACGCCUUCAUCACCAGUCGGUGAUCCACAACCACCCAAGGUCGCCGACACAGUUGUAGUCCCUCAACUAUCUCCUGGCGACAAGCAGCAACCCACCGCUGACGAUCAAUCACCCGCUGUUGACAAAGAAACACCUACUGUUAAUGAGGGACCAUUCCCUGUGGACAGUCCAUCAGAAACAGAUAGCGAACGCAACAAGCUCCAGGAGCAACUAUGGAAUCAAGCUUACGAUAACCUCCGAGACAGUGGGAACAAGUACAUGGCCCAAUAUGAAGAGAUCCUAGUGUCUGAGCUCAAGAAGGACAAUCCAGAUGACGAUUCCGUUUCACUUGGGAGCUCUCACGAAGAGCGGUGGCGUCAAAUGCAACGUCUCGUCGAGAUCGGAUUAUCCAAGACCGAAAAGGAAGCCAGGGGAUAUGAGAUGGCGAGCUCUGGACUCGAGCUCUUUGGAACAGUGAGAGCUCUGGUCGAGCCAGCCGUAUCAGCUGUUCCACAAGCUGCGAUCCCAUGGGUAGGAGUGUGCUUCAUUCUCGAGGUCAUCUCAAAUCCCGUGAAACAGCCGGGCGUCCAUCGCGUAGGGUUACAACACGUUCUUUCACGCGUCAAUUGGUACUGGAACCUCGCAGAACUUCUUCUUGAAGAUAACUUGGAAUCAGAGGAACAUGGUGGGAAGUCCGCUUUGUCCAACCUACGAAAUGAACUUCAGCCACUUGUACUUGACCUCUACGAAAAGUUUCUCUCUUACCUAAUUGAGAGUGUAUGCUACUUCCACAAGAAUCGGGCUCUUGCGUUCUUGAAAAGCGUGGUCAACAUUGACUACUGGAACGGGAAAAUCAAGGAUAUUGAGGCCUCGGAGGAGGAAUUUAAUAAGCGCUCUCAGCAGUACAACACAACAGAGUCACGGAACAGGCUCGAGAGUCUCGUCAUUGGCGUGAAAAGCAUUGAGAAGGCCAUUGAUCGUCAGACCGAGCAGCAAAAGAAGCUCAACGAGGAUGAAGGCAAUAGACUAUGUCUCCGAGCCCUCUACACAACCAACCCACUCUAUGAUAAGAAGCGGAUUGAAGACGACAAGGGUAGGCUGUUGUCCCAUUGCUAUUCCUGGGUCUUCCUCACUGAGGGCUUCCAGACUUGGCAACAAGACCCUGAUUACAAGCUUCUUUGGAUCAAGGGGAACCCUGGUAAAGGCAAAACUAUGCUCCUUUGCGGAAUCAUAGAUCGCCUUGAUGAGAUGAGUCCGACCUGUAUCUCAUGCUUCUUCUGCCAAUCGACGAGAAACCAUCAGAAUAAUGCUACUGCCGUUCUUCGAGGUCUAGUCUGGAGCCUUGCCCAUCAGCACCCAUCUCUAGUCUUACACGUGCGCAACGAGUUCGAUAGCGCUGGUGAACAGGCGUUCAACGGACCGAACAAUUGGGAAAUCCUGUCAUCCAUCCUGAGGAGGAUGAUAGCAGAGAACAGCAACCAUGUUCCCCAGGGUACCACGAUCGUGAUCGAUGCACUUGACGAAUGCAACAAAGACAACAAAAAGCUCCUUGAUCUGAUCAUAGAGCUGUGCAAUGAUAAGCAAUCUCCAGUAAGGUUCAUUGCUUCGAGUCGUAACUGGGUGGAAUUCCAAGACGCCUUUACGAAGAAGUCAAGUUCCUUCAAACGGGUCGUUCUAUCUCUCGAAGACAACGAGGAAGUCAGGGAAUCGAUCAAACAUGCCGUCGACGCAUUCAUCAAGUACAAGGUCGAGGAGCUUGAGAGAGAUAAGGAUACUACAAUCGACGCUGAGGUCCGUGAUAUCUUCGCGGAAAAGUCUGAGAACACCUUUCUUUGGGUGGCUUUGGCUUGUCAGAAAUUGCUGGACGUCGAUUCGUGGGAGAUUCCAGAGACGUUGGAGAAAUUUCCAUCUGGCCUGAACGAUCUUUACAGGCGCAUGAUGCAGGAAGUCAUUGAUUCAGGCCAUGCAUCACAAUGCAGGGACAUUUUAGCGGUCGCGACACUUGUUUAUCGUCCACUAUCACUCGCGGAACUGUCUUCCGGUGCUCAAUCCCUCUCUCCACCUGCUAAUCGACUUGAAGCCCUAGAGAGACAAGUCCUACGCUGCAAAGGGUUUCUGGUCGUCACAGAUGGUGUAUUGUCGUUUGUACAUCAAUCCGCCAAGGACUAUAUAUUGGACGACCAGCUUGCGAAGGAAUUUGUUUGGAAAGCUGAAGCGGAGGACCUUCCAUCAAAGAACCUUACUCGAAACCACCAUGACAUUUCACUCGCAAUGUUGGAAACCAUGAAGAAAACUCUCAAGUACGAUAUUUAUGAUCUUAAAAAGCCAGCAGCAGAUGUACAAGAUUUGGACCGAAAGAAUGCCGUGGACCCUCUGACUCCAGUGGGUUACGCAUGUUGCUACUGGGCAGAACUAAACCAGAUAUAG